AUGAGGCUAAGUGGAUUUUUGUCGUUGAUACGUACGUUGCCAAUCUUGGCACAAUCGAAUUACAGGGCCUUUACAUCAUACUGUAAUAUAAACCCUGAUCUGGGUGUUUACUACAAAAACAAAACAAUUAAUGAAUUAAUCAGAUCCAGGCGUCUCGACGAUGCCCAGAACCUUUUCGAUCAAAUGUCUAUAAGAGGUAGCAUUACAUAUAAUUUGCUAAUUACUGGGCACGGUCGAUAUGGGAAUCCAAAGCAAGCACUGUAUAUUUAUAAGGAAAUGGUUUCACAGGAAAUCCAAGAAACUGGUCCUACAUUUUCGUCUGUGAUUACUGUUUGUGCGAAUGAGGGGUUUUAUAGAGAAGGUAUUCAAGUUCAUUGCAGGGUGAUUUCACUUGGGUUUGGAUUGAAUUUGUUUAUUGGGAGCUCACUUGUUAACCUAUAUCUUCAUAUGGGACUUGUUGAUGUCGCUUGGAAGUUGUUCGAUCAAUUGCCUGAACGGAAUUUAGCCGUAUGGAAUUUGCUGUUAAACGGGUUUUUGGAGCUUGGUAAAAUAGAGGAAUUAUUUGGGUUGCACGACCAAAUGAAAUGGGAGGGUGUCAAUCCAAAUGGACUUAGUUUUUGUUAUUUAAUUCGUGCUUGCUGUAAUGCGAGGUUUCUGGACGAAGGAAUGCAGCUGCAUUGUCAUGUGAUUAAAGCUGGAUGGGUGGAAUGCAAUGUUUUUGUUGCCAAUGCUUUGGUGGACUUUUAUUCUGCUUGUGGGAAUUUCAUUGAUGCUAGGAAAGCGUUUUUGUUAAUUCCUGUUGAAGAUGUGAUAUCAUGGAAUUCCAUCAUUUCUGUAUAUGCGGAGAAUGAUUUGUUGUAUGAUGCUAUUGAAUUACUUAGUAGGAUGCAUUUCUGGGAUAAAAAACCUUCAAUUCGUUCCAUUGUGGGGCUCUUGAAUUUAUCCAGUAGAAGAGAGGAUAUUCUGUUAGGGAGGCAAAUUCACUGUUUUAUAACAAAAGUAGGGUUUGAUUUAGGGAGUGUUCAUAUUCAGUCAGCGUUAAUUGAUAUGUAUGGAAAAUGUGGUGAAAUUGAAAGCUCUCUGUCUGUAUAUGAGAGGGCAUGUAAGAGAACUUUGGAGUGUUGUAACUCAUUAAUAACCUCCUUUUUGCACUGUGGUAUCACUGGUGACGUGUUUGAGAUUUUUGUUUUGAUGAUUGAUGAAGGAAUUAGGAUUGAUGAGGUUACUCUUUCUACGACACUAAAAGCAUUAUCACUGUCUACUUGGGCUAGUUUGGACAGCUGCAGACUGUUGCACUGCUGUGCUAUAAAAUCCGGUUAUGAAUCUGAUGUCGCAGUUUCAUGUUCUCUUAUUGAUUUGUAUUCAGGAUGUGGGCAUUUUGAGCUCUCCCGCAAGGUUUUUGAAACCCUUCCUCUACCAAACAUCUUCUGCUUUGCAUCUAUAAUCAAUGGAUAUGCCCGAAAUGGUAUGGGCAAUGAAAGUGUCAGCCUGUUGGAAGCAAUGAUCCACAAAGGCCUAGUACCUGAUAAGGUGACAUUCUUAUGUGUUCUAAAUGGUUGCAACCAAGCAGGAUUACUUGAAGAAGGAAAGUUUGUGUUUAACUUGAUGAAAUCUUAUGGCAUUUGCCCAGAACGACAACAUUUUUCGUGUAUGGUAGAUCUUUUAGGCCGUGCAGGUCUAGUGUAUGAAGCUGAGGAGUUGCUGCAACAGUCACCAGGAGGGGGUGAUUCUGUAAUGUGGAGCUCAUUGCUGCGAAGUUGUAGGGUCCACAAGAAUGAAAUAGUGGGUAAAAGAGCAGCAAAAGUCUUGAUGGAGCUUGGUCAGGAUAGUUUUGCCAUUUAUUUGCAAGUGUCAAAUUUUUAUUCUGAAGUUGGGGAAUUUAAAGCCUCAUUACAAAUCAGAGAACUUGCCAUGGCUAGAAAGGUGAUGAGGGAGAUUGGUCACAGUUCAAUUGAGGUGAAGACUUACAGUUAACAUACUUUUCUUAUACUGCUAAAAUUUACCUCGCAUUGUCAUCCAGCUGAGAACUUUGGAACAACGCUUGCUAGUCUGUUCCAGCAUUAUUUCCAUGAAAGUAAAACCUGUUUGUGAAAUCUUCAUCUUCUACUUAAA